GAUCAGUGGAUUUGUGCGUUUGAUAUGAUCCAAUGCUUUCUUCUCCGCCUUGAGUGCGGAGACUAAUUCUGCCCCUACUUCCCGCCCAGCAAUUUUUUUUUUUACUUGAGCUUUUUAAUGUAUAAUUGAUUGAAUCUUACGAGGCUGUUCUCCACGCAAAGUCGAAUUCAUUCGGCCCCCCUUCAGAUUUUAUUCUUAGUACAACGCCAUGCCUUCCGGUAAGGUGGAAAAGAAGCGCAAGCGCGCUUCGAACGGCCACGAACGGCCGAGUAAAAAGCCCGCUCUCGAAUUCCAAGAUCUGCCUCCUCUCGCGGCCAGCGUGGUCAACGAUGAUAGCGAAUUGGCUCCAGUGAUCAUAACCACCCCUGGUGUGAACGUGCCCCAAAACCUUCAUUUAAAACCAUACCUCAAGGACCGAGCAGAUGGCUCUCAUUCAGGUCGCUCCACGCGGAACAAGGGCAUAGUCUCGUCUGAACUGCUCCUGCAGACUUCGGAACAUCCGAAGAUGGAUUUUGUGGGUCGCGAGGCCGAAGAUGACGCCGAUUCACAGUUGAAGCAUUACAUCGCCGUUGUGGAUCCCGAAAAGAAAAGCUGGCAAUUUGUUGAGGUGCGGAAGGUGACUCUCCGUGGGGCAGUGAGGAGAACAAAGGCUGCUGAAGAUGAAGAGGAAGAGGUUGAGAGUGAAGAUGAGGAGAUGAAAACGAUGCGCGCUCAACGCACAGAACUCACCAAUACAUUCGGUACCAAGCAAUCUCGCAAAGCAGCACAGUCCAUGGCCGAAAAUGCCCAACUCUCCAAUGCCCCCGCUGGUGCUGCCUCCGCCGCAGAAUCUGCUAUCCUUUCGUCCAUGCCCCUCGACUCCGUCACCGACAUUGCUACAAAGACCGCUGCGGUGCAGGCUCAAGUUCAAGCUAACAAACCACUGCCGCAAGCCAAUUUGGCGGCAUCUCAUCCUUCCGAUGUGUACCCGAUUGAUGUGCUUGUUCCGGGAGGUCUGUCUACACUCCAGCAGCUCCCGGGCAUGAACGAGUGGCAGGAGACAGUGAAUUCGGGAGAAGCCGUCGCCACCACAUCACGAUAUGUGUCUCGCCGGGUGGAGGCAGUCGUCAACUCAACCAAUGCCACCCAGCUUCAAGUACUCCGUUUUAUCUUCCUCCUCCUCGAGCUUGCCCGCGCCCUUCGCUCAGGCAAGGACUCCAAAUCGUCUGGGCCAGGCAGCAAGCGUCUUCCACCUCGCGAUGAACUACGCCGCAUCCUCUCCUCCUCCACUGGCGCCAAAACCGACUCAGCCGAACUCCUCCCAGAUCCCGUCAUCGACGCCAUCCGCCGCAAAUUCGCCCCACAGGGCUCCCAUAUCACCAAGAACGACAUCACCUUCCUGCACACCACCAUAUGCGCGCUAUCCUUGCACAUUCCCCCUCAGCCAGCCAAGGACGGCGGCUCCAGCUCUCAAGGUGGAAACGCCCCCAACGAACUGGCAACGGACCCGUCCGAUCUGCGCGACGAUCUGCGUCUGGACAACACGGUCAUCACGCAAUAUUUCCGCGAAUUGGGCUGUCGCGUCGACAAGCCACGCGAAACAGAAUUCGCCAAAUGGGGUAUCAAGGGCGGUAAGGCUGAAGCCAAUGCUAGACGUGUGGCUAGAUUGAGGGUCCCCGUCGAGUUCCCCAAGGUUAGCCGUGGUGGAAAGAGGUAAUUUAAUGGCCAUUGUCUCUUCCUUUUAUAUUGAACAAAACACAAAAGAAUCUAUUUACGUUGAGCUUGUCCAUGAUGCGAUUGGCGUUCGGUUUCAGGCUGUACUAUAUGUACAUACUAUUUUGUGGAUAAAUAUCAUAUUACGAACUAUCCAAAUGUGCCUCUUCUACCUGCUCUUUAACUGGAUUGGUGUUUGCGUAUACCAACUGUAGACGAUUUCAUUGUAGAAAGCCAUGGGCACUCUAG